CCAUCGCUCUAAGAAACGACAUUGAUAAACACGACCCGGAAGUCUUGAAUAUUCUAAAUAAGCAAUUUGCUCACGUAUUUUCGACGAUUCUAUAGAUACGUGACAGACUCGUACGAGUUUCAAACGUGCAUCAUCAUGGUUUGUGUGCCUUGCUUCAUUAUCCCCGUGCUGCUGUUCAUCUGGCACAGAUUUAUCCAGCCAUACGUGCUUCGUUUCUGGAAUCCUUGGGCAGUCAAGGACGCGGACGGAAACGUAGUGAAGACGGAAGCCCCCUUCAGUUGUGAAGGAGGAGUUUGUAUGUUUGGAAAGAAGAAGUUGGAGAACAAAGCAGAUGAUACGGCCGGUAAGGGCUGCGAAGCGUCCAAAGACGACAAAGAAAAGUGCAAUGAGCGACUAAAAGCUGAAUAGUUUGUUUUAUAAAUUAUGUGUUGUUAGAGCAAGUGCAUUUACCUUGUACAUUUUGUAUAACUUGUAUUUUUUUCUCUUUUUUAAUACUUUCACUUGUAGUAAUUCAAUAUACUUUUUAGGAAGAGUGUAAAAAAUCUAAUUAAGUUAUUAUUUGUUGUGUAUUGGACAUGCCAACUACAUAAAUUUUAUUGUAUGUUGAGUAUUAAAUAAAUUGAUUUAAUUUAUGA